GAUGUUAUGGGUAUUGACGUUGCACCAGCUCAGCUCAGUAAUGGCAACGGUCUCAACACACCUUUAGUUAGUGUGUACACUCGGCGAUGGCUCGUCUUGGGUUCGUUCUGUUUGCUAUCGCUUAUGAACGGAAUGCAGUGGGUGCAGUACGCCAUCAUUUCAGACUCGGUUGCUAAGUUUUACGACGUCUCACCACAGGCGGUCGACUGGGCUUCCAUGAUUUACAUGCUGACGUACAUUCCGUUCAUUCUUCCCGCCUCGUGGAUGCUCGACAACAAGGGUCUUCGCUGUACCGUACUUCUGGCCGGCGCGUUAAACUGCCUGGCCUCCUGGGUGAAAGCUGCUUCGGGGCAGAGGGACCUGUACGCCGUCACCAUGGCUGGACAGACGCUGGCUGGCAUCACACAGGCCUUCAUACUGGCCGUGCCCUCGCGCCUGGCCGCCGUGUGGUUCGGUCCCGGAGAGGUUGCUACAGCUUGUGCUAUCGGCGUGUUCGGCAACCAGGUGGGUAACGCAGUCGGCUUUCUGGUUCCUCCACUUAUCGUGAGUGGGUACGAGACAAUGGACGACCUUGGCUUCCAGCUGCGCACUGUGUUCUAUGGAGUUGCCGGCGUUUCUACGUUUUCUCUUCUACUACUUCUGGCCGUGUUCCAGGACGCUCCACUGGUACCGCCAAGCAUAGCCCAGGCGCGUGUCUUAUCGUCUCGCACGGAUCGCUCGUCAAAUUGGGAACUCCUCCAGUCAAUGCGACGAAUGAUGCGAACGCCAGGAUUCGGACUUUUGGUUAUCUCGUACGGCAUUAGCGUUGGCGUUUAUUACGCCAUCAGUACCCUUCUAAACGCUCUCAUUAAGAGCGUGUUCAAGGCAGAGAACAGUACGGAUGCAGGUAACAUUGGCCUCCUGAUCGUAGUUGCUGGCCUUCUGGGCUCUUUGCUCUGCGGACUUCUACUGGACGUCACGCGGAAGUAUAAAGAAGUGACACUUAGUAUUUAUCUGCUCUCAUUUGGCGGGAUGAUUGCGUUUGCGGCAUCCUUUUACUCGUCUUCAAUAUGGAUGCUCUACAUUUCGGGCUCUUUCCUUGGGUUUUUUCUUACAGGAUAUCUUCCUUUAGGAUUUGAACUGGCUGCAGAGCUCACCUACCCAGAGCCCGAAGGCACUUCAGCCGGACUUCUUAACGUGUCUGCUCAGGUGUUCGGAUUAAUCUUUUCUGAGCUGUGUGGCCUGCCACUUGAGGUUGACAACGCAACGGGUGCUCACCUGUGGGUUAAUGCCUCUCUUUGUGCUGCCCUUUGCCUUGGGUCCGUCCUCACAGCUCUCGUGCCGGGCACACUGCGAAGGCAGGCCGCCCAGAGUUCCUGCAUGCCCCCCGAGAGCAGGUGAAGCUCUCUUCAUCGUAUUAUUUGUGUUUCGCAAUGGUAUUUUUUUCUGGACCUGAUUUGAUCAGGAUAUAAUGUACAGCUACAAAAAGACUAGCUACUAUGAUGACAGUAAAAGAAUACUUUUUGA